AUGGCAAACCCUAAUUUUUGCGAGCGGGGGGAGCGCGAGAGGCUGCUGGCGGCGGGGGACGCCAAGGGGGCUGGACCCGGGCGCCCGGACUCCAGCCGGGACGGAGCGCUCCUCAUCGCCGGUUCCGAGAGCUCCAAGCGGGGCAGCAUCCUCAGCAAGCCCCGCUCCGGGGUUUCGGGCAGCGGGAAGCCCCCCAAAAGGAAUGCUUUUUACCGCAAGCUGCAGAAUUUCCUCUACAAUGUGCUGGAGAGACCACGGGGAUGGGCUUUCAUUUACCACGCAUACGUUUUUCUACUAGUGUUCUCCUGCCUGGUGCUGUCUGUCUUUUCAACCAUUGAUGAGUACCAGAACAGCUCAGAAGGGGCCCUUUAUAUCCUGGAAAUUGUCACCAUCGUGGUGUUUGGAGUGGAGUACUUUGUGCGGAUCUGGGCCGCCGGCUGCUGCUGCCGCUACCGGGGCUGGGGGGGACGGUUGAAAUUUGCCCGAAAGCCUUUCUGUGUCAUCGACAUCAUGGUGCUGAUCGCAUCCAUCGCCGUGCUGGCAGCGGGGUCCCAAGGGAACGUCUUUGCCACCUCGGCACUCAGGAGUCUGAGGUUCCUGCAGAUCCUGCGCAUGAUCCGCAUGGACCGGCGCGGCGGCACCUGGAAGCUCCUGGGCUCGGUGGUCUACGCACACAGCAAGGAGCUGAUUACUGCCUGGUAUAUUGGCUUCCUGUGCCUCAUCCUGGCCUCUUUCCUGGUGUACUUGGCCGAGAAGGGAGAAAAUGAGCACUUUGAUACAUACGCAGAUGCACUCUGGUGGGGUCUGAUCACUCUCACCACCAUUGGCUAUGGGGACAAAUAUCCACAGACCUGGAACGGGCGGCUGCUGGCGGCGACCUUCACGCUCAUUGGCGUCUCCUUCUUCGCCCUCCCUGCCGGCAUCUUGGGUUCAGGGUUUGCUCUGAAGGUGCAAGAGCAGCAUCGACAAAAACACUUUGAGAAGAGGCGAAACCCAGCAGCGGGCCUGAUCCAGGCUGCCUGGAGAUUUUAUGCCACCAACCUGUCCCGGACAGACCUGCACUCCACCUGGCAGUACUACGAGCGCACCGUCACCGUCCCCAUGUACAGCACGCAAACGCAAACCUAUGGUGCCUCCAGACUCAUCCCUCCUCUGAACCAGCUGGAGCUCCUGAGGAACCUGAAGAGCAAGUCGGGACUGACAUUCAGGAAAGAGCAGCAGCCUGAACCAUCGCCAAGUAAAAGCAAACCGUGCAGAGAGUCACUAUGCGGAUGCUGCUCAGGAAACUCUAGUCAGAAGGUCAGUUUGAAAGAUCGUGUCUUCUCCAGUCCCCGCGGUGCUGGCACCAAAGGGAAAGGCUCUCCACAGGCUCAGGGCAUCAGGAGGUCCCCCAGUGCUGACCAGAGCAUCGAGGACAGCCCGAGCAAAGUGCCCAAGAGCUGGAGCUUCGGAGACCGCAGCCGAGCCCGGCAGGCGUUCCGCAUCAAGGGAGCGGCGUCGCGGCAGAACUCGGAAGAAGCAAGCCUCCCUGGAGAAGACAUUCCUGAUGAGAACAAAAGCUGCAACUGCGAGUUUGUGACAGAAGAUUUGACACCAGGGCUGAAAGUCAGCAUCAGGGCAGUGUGCAUUAUGAGGUUUCUCGUCUCCAAGCGCAAGUUUAAGGAGAGCCUUCGGCCCUACGACGUGAUGGAUGUCAUCGAGCAGUACUCAGCUGGCCACCUGGACAUGCUCUCCCGGAUUAAAAACCUCCAGGCCAGAGUUGACCAGAUCGUCGGGAGAGGAUCCUCCAUGACCGACAAGGAUCGGACCAAAGGGCCGGCCGAAGGGGAGCUGCCUGAAGACCCCAGCAUGAUGGGAAGGCUUGGAAAAGUUGAAAAACAGGUUCAGUCCAUGGAGAAGAAGCUGGACUUCCUGGUGAACAUUUACAUGCAGCGCAUGGGCAUCCCCCCAACGGAGACAGAGGCUUACUUUGGGUCCAAAGAACCAGACCCAGCCCCUCCCUACCACAGCCCCGAAGACAGCAGGGAGCACAUCGACAAGAACGGCUGCAUCAUCAAGAUCAUCCGGUCCACCAGCUCCAUGGGCCAGAAGAACUUCUCGGCCCCGCCAGCCCCGAGCAACGCGUGCCCGCCCUCCACGUCGUGCCAGCGGCAGAGCCACGGCUCGUCUCCCGUGGGGGAGCCCGGCUCGCUGGUGCGGAUCCCGCCGCCGCCCUCCCACGAGCGCUCGCUGUCCGCCUACGGCGGCGGGCACCGCGCCAGCGCCGAGUUCCUGCGCGGCGAAGACAUGGCCAAGCACCACGAGAGCGCCCUGAGAGACAGCGACACGUCCAUCUCCAUCCCCUCGGUGGACCACGAGGAGCUGGAGCGCUCUUUCAGCGGCUUUAGCAUCUCCCAGUCCAAAGAGAAUUUGGACAUCCUUAACAACGGUUGCUAUGCAGCCGUGGCCAAAAUCAGACCCUACAUUGCGGAAGGGGAGUCGGACACCGACUCUGACCUCUGCACGCCCUGCGGUCCCCCCCCGAGGUCGGCCACGGGCGAGGGACCCUUCAGUGACAUGGGCUGGUCGACCCCCCGGCAGUGAAACCCCCCUGCAGCCACGUCCCAGCGCUGGCAGCCCCGGCUGUCCACCUGUGGAACUUCUCAAGGAGAUUCACAGCUAAGGCCUUCCUCUUUCUAGGACACCCUUAGCUGGCAGAUAACUUUCUUGCAGCUUACUCUGGGGGGGAACAAGCAGGUCUGAGCCUGCAUUUGUGGAAGGGGUCAUGGUGAUGAGCGAACUGGAGCCAUGAAGUCCAGAUUUCUUACAUACUCUCUUUCUAAGAUCAUUAGGUGAAACUUCCAUGGCGCAGAGUAGGCAAUUUGCAUUUCUUGGGAAUCUUCAGAAGCGCGGGGCAGGAAUAAAUCACUCAGCCAGGGCUUUUGUAGAUCACAUUAACUGGUGGCUGACAAGUGUUAGGUGGGAAUUGCUAUGUCAUGGCAGGAGUUGAUCACACCUUGAGGUGUUUUGGAGUCACAGACAGAAUACUUGUCUGUCUCUAGCUUAGGUUUCAGGGCACGUGUAAUAGUGAGGGGUUACUACUCUGUGGUCCCUCUUUAGCUGUCAGGAAGGUUUCAUAAUUCCAAUAUAAUACAUGGAAAUGUUGUGUAGGUCCCUGGAGGAGAGGGAUGGUGGCUGGGUUAUUUUCAUGAGCAGGAGACCUGGCCUUAAGUGGGAUUUGCUGGGGUACUGCUCUGAGCCAGGGUAGUUUGGAAAUGAUCCCAUCUUAGGAAAAACUCAGAAAUACGAGCUUGAAGGCAAGAAGAGAGACAAUCCAGAGGGCAAGGAAAUGAAACAGAGAAAGAGGAUGAGACACUAUGGGGAUGGAAUUUUAUAUUUUAAACCAUGUAUUAUAUUUAAUUAUCUCUCCUUCUGCUGACAAGGGACCUGGGGGUGCUUUGAAAGCAAAGACAAACCAAAGGCAACCCCUGUGGAGGGCUGCCAUGAUCCCAAGCCAUUCUCGUGGCCAACAGAGCUGUUGGGGAGGCACAGCCACCAGGCAAAGGGAGAGGGUGGAUGUGCAGGAUGCUGUGGUCCCUGCCUUGCUGCGAGUUAAGUGCUGAGCUCCAUCCUCUGGAGGCCCUGUUGGUCAGAGUGGGCACUUUUCUUACAGUUUGCAUUGUGCCUGAACACUUUUGCACAAACUAUGCCCAUGAAAAUCUUUCCUUUCUUCUUCAGCCCUGCCAAGAAUCUCACCCCCACGUUCUCGGGACAUCCUUUGGUUUGUUUGGACCCCUCAAGCUGAGUUAAGAGGCGCUGCUUUGUUUCUUCGUGGUCUUUCAGAAGCCUCUUGCUCGUGUGCCAAUCCCAGUCUGCCCCAUUUCAUUGUUGUGGAAGCAGUCCGCUUGGAGAGGUCAUUGUGUUAUUGCCAGGAACCUCAGCAGCUCCUUCAGCUGGGGGAAGGAGAGGGGAGAAGUGAUGCUCAAAGUUUCUUUUGGGACCAAAACAAAGCCACAAAGUGAUCCUUUACGUGGAUAAGUUCGUAGGGGUUUUUAUUUGCAAGGGGGUGGAUCAGGAGAAGUUUGGUUUGCGGUCUGUUUCCAGGGCUGGGACACCAUGGCUGGCAUUGUGCCUCUGAACCUUGCUCUGCAUCCACUGCCCAAAUCCCAUAUGUUUUCUGCUGUGAUUUCAAACCCCGUCUUUCCACAUUUUCCCCGUGUCAUAUCAAGAGCCUGUUAAGGAUAUUUAGGUGACAGUUUCAUUUCUGUGUGGCCUUUGAGAGGUUGAACAUUGAUUUGCUUGGGGUGAAGGGACACUCACAGCCUUUUUCUCUCCUCCUGUUUGCUUGACCAGACACAGCAACCAGGGGAGACCCAGGAUAAUUUUGGCCUUAGGAAAGAUGUGGGUGCAGUCUGACAGCUUGCAGACAGGAAAUAAAACCAUUCUUUUGCUAGUGCCCAGGGCCAGCACACUGGUCUUAUCAUGGAAUGAGGAAGGAGGAAGUAUCUUCACAACUUUUCCUGCCAUUUUUCACCAUUCCAGGAGGGGAAAACCUUGUUCUUAGGGAGAAACUGGGCUUCCAGCCAUAAUAGUUCCUUUCUUUCCCCUCUUGAGCCAUGUUUUUGUUAAUUUCUGCAGUUUUUCCCUCUUUCUUUGUACUCCAAAACUCCUUCUGGCUCCAGAUCUCUUUGUGCAGAGUUAACACUGCGAUGCCCUUGACCUCCACACAGAGACAACUUUAAAUGCCAAAUGCUGUAAAUUGUGCAGAUUUGCCUCUAGUGUGUUCCAAAAUGAAUCCUUUCUGCUAGAACAAGAAGUGUCAGCAGGUCCUAAAUCAAAUGUGGUGGCCUAGGCUUUCUACCGACCACAAGAAUGGAAAUUGCAUUUGGUGAGGCAAAAGUCAACAUUGCUCCAGUCAGCUGCUCACUGCAAAUUUUGUCCAAGUCAGAGAUAACAAAGAUUUAUUCUCUUAUUUGUUUGCAGUUGCUUUUCAAGGCCUGCUGGAAAUUUGGCACAGAGGGUAUGAUAUAGAGGCAGGAAUGCCAGAUGAGCAUGAGGAUAAGGAUGAUGUCAUGCAGUCCUAUUGCAGCACAGGUACAUGACUGGUCUUUAGUCACAGAAUCACAGAAUUGUUGAUUCACAGAACCACAGAGUGGUUUGGGUGGAAAGGGACCUUAAAACUCAUCUUCAGGGGUUGCAUAGGAAAAAUUCAGUUUUUCCUCUUCAACUUCCUGCACUGGAAUCUGUAAAGAUCUUUUGACUUGUAUCUUGAAAAGUUGUUGGAUUUGUCCCAUAAUCAGAUUGCAGAAAACUGGUUUUAUACAUAUUUCACACAGAAUUCACAUAGAACUUUUUCUGAAGGUAUGAGAUAUAUUUUUCUGUGGCGUCAUAUCAAAGAAAUUCUGAUACACCUCCAUGCAUGACCAUGCCAUAAAUCAUCACUUCUCAUUCAUCCAGGCAAAACCCCAUAGAAUUUGGGGUUAGUUUACACUAGAAUUAGCUACAAAUAAUGCUCAUCAUUUCCAUGAAAUUGUUUAAGUCUGCAUUAACAAUGACAGGUCCUGCUUGUUGCUUAUUGACAUAAAUAAUUUCAUUCUUCUCCUGAAUCAUAGUUCAGUACUCUCUGAAAUUCUUCCCUUCUAAUCACUCAGCUCCCCCAUGUCUGUACCCCACAUUCCUGGUGGCAAUUUCCCGCAAGAAGUCUUAACCACCAGACUACAAGAAAAUAAAAUAAAUCAGCUUUGGGUUGCUGAUAAGGCAGUCCUGAUGACAAAGACUUUUGAAAGGGUGGAGAGGCAAACUUCGUCCCUCUGCUGAGCCUCUCUUGGGCUACUCUUUGCUCCCCUCUUCCUCCCAAAUCUUAUUCCAUAUUUUUUGGAGGACAGAAACAAGUUCUAGGUGAUGCCAAGUGUGGACAGAGGAGUCCAAAGAGAGCUGAAGAUGUGAAAGCCAAAUUUCCAGCAGACCAUCUUGAGCUUCUCCAUGCCCACACUUGGUUCUGUGCCCAGAGCCUGGUUCCAGGUGUGUCUGUGCUGAGUGUGAAGCCAUGACCUCGGACCAGAGCCUGAGCUCUGGUCUCCAAGAACCUUCUGGGCUUUUUUUUCCCCCCAUAAUCUGGGUCUAGGUCUGGAAAGAAAUCCUGUAAUUGGCCCACCCGUGGGAUGGUGCAAUGCCUGGGGCUGGGAUAUGAAGCCGCAGUAAGUUUUUGGGUCCUUCAGGUCUAAGAGUGAGUUCAGGUGGUCUGAGGAGUUCUCUGAACAGGAAUGUGGCUGGAGAUGUUGCAAGGUUGCCUUUCAUAAUGUGACCCUGAGACAGAGGAACAGCCAUAAGUCAAAUUUCCCAAUAUUUGGGAAGGGACUUUAAUGUUACUCAAGUGCAGAUUUUGUAUGUGAAUUUCCUUGUUGACCCGUUUUCUUAAUAACAGUUUUUAAAGCAAAAAAUGUCAAGGAGCUUAUCAAAACCAAAUCUCUCAUCCAGCUCAGAAAGCCAUUCUAUUUCUUUAGACAGACUAUGUGAUAGAUCAGAUUUUCUAAAAAUGCAUUUUGUUUCAAUGCUGCUUAACAGGUCCAAAUAAAUUUUGCAGGGUCAUUGCUAUUUAUGGAUAAAUAGGUAUAUUUUUACAUUUCUAAUUGAUUUUUUAAAUUUUCAAUUAUGUGAAUUUUUAGAAAAAGUUUGUAUAAUCUACCUGAGAAGCCAGAGCAUCAUCUCAGGUACAAAUGCUCCCCUUCCAGACAAUUACCCAAGAGAAAAGAAAAACGCCUUCACUCAUACUUUUCCCAAGAGGGAGCAACUGGAAAUCUCAUUUUCCUGAUAUCCUCAGACCACCGUGGUUACAGCAACAUUAUUGCUAAGACUAAAAUAUAAGUAUUUAAAGAGAAACUGGAAUUUCUAAGGGAUUUACCCAAAGUUGUCCCAUACAAAGACCCUUAGCAGUGAGUAUUUCAUUGGGAAUAUUAAAAAGCCCAGCAGCAGGAUAAGGAUUUCUAUUCUCCAUCAGGCUGAGUGAGCCCUGAGCCUCCAACCCUUUCCUCCCAACCCACAGCUGCACGCCCACAUCCUCUCCAUCCUCUCUCCAUCACGGGUCAGCUCUUCUGUUCUCAUCAGCUUCCCUUUCCUGAGCCAGAAACAAGGAAAUCAGAUACAAAAGCUCCUUCAGCUGCAGGUGGCACUGAGGAGGAGGCUGUGGGGAGGGCUGGGGGCAGCAGCCCCUCCGAGCCCUGCGGGGUCACUGCUGCUCACAGGUGUGAAAGCAAACCUUUGCUUUUAGCACACAAACACUCCGACUUUUCUGCCUCACGGAGCAAAACCUGCUCAGAGCAGGGGUGUGAUUUCACUGGUUUUUUUUAACAAUAACAAUAGGGUGGGUUUUUAAUAAUAAGGAUAAUAAUACUGCAUAGGAAUCUUCUUUAGUAUAUCUUAGUGUUUGAUGCCCCAGUGACACAAUACUGCUUGCCUUACCUUAGUGUCUAGAGGGAGAGGGAUCACACACCUUUUGAUACACUAUUAAUCAUGCUUUGAAUUUAGGUAGCAGCAGGGUCCUUUUUAACUUAUGAAUGUGCUUUCUGGACUAUCUCACUGACUGUACUCUCAAUUUUGCCUGCUACUGCAUGCAGCCUGAGAUGAGUAGACAGCAGUAUGCUCCAGCUGUAUCUGCACUCCCAGAUUGCUGUAGUACCUGACAAGGUAACAUUGCCAAAAGCAUCGCUCUGGGGAGGGGCUGUCCUCCCAGGGAGCCUUCUGUAGGUAACAUUGAUACACCAAGUGUCUUUCAUGCUGCAGCUGGCCAUCACCCCAUCCCUCUGACACAGCAUGCACUGACUCCAUUUCUGCUUGUGACUGCGGGGUAAAAAAACAUGUUUGUACCUGUGGCUCCUUCAAAUGAGCAAAUGGGGAGGAAAAAAUAUGAAUAUUGUUGGCUGUGUGUCACAACCUCCUUUUCAUCCUGAAAAAGAGCAUCCCAGAUAGUCCUUUCUGUGGGUUUGGAGGAGCAGGCAGUGCCAAGGGUGGAGGCCUGGUGUUCAUUUCAAAGAUGCCAUUUGAACCCACACGUGUGGAACCUGCCAUGUGUCUGCUUUAGUUCCCAUAGGAUUCUCCACCUGCAGCCAGCCCUGGGGUGCCAUGUGCUUUUGUGCCUGCAGCACAGCCCGAGGCACAGGGGAGAGUGUGACUUCCAAACCUUGGGAACCACUCUGGAAAUUCCUCCCACCCCUCUCUAGAGCCUUGGUGGUCUCGGGCACCCUGCAGCUGUGCCAUAACCACUCCUCAUGGAAGCAUCUCUCACUCUCCUUACAGAGUGGCACUGAGCUACAUUUUCAUCUCCAUAAAUGUUUUGCCAGAGUUCUCCCUGCUGCAGAACCAGGCUGUCAUGAGGCCUUCAGGAUCUGCCCAUUUGCUGGUGUUUGCAGUCUCUCACAUCUCUUGGCACUGCUGCCAUGACCUGGUUUGACCUGGUUUGGCCCCAUAUCCUCUCCUUCCUUCCCCAGACGGUUUACCAGGGAAGCUGUGAUGCCAGAACUCUGCUCUGAGACUUGGCCUGGCAUCACCAGAUGCCCAGAGAGCCUUUGUGUUUUGUUAACAUGACAGUUUUGCUUUUUAUUGGCAAUUUAUUUGCUUCCUCAUUGAGCCACUGUGGCCUCAGUACAUCCCUGGUUUGUUCUGCUGGAGCUUUUCCAUACAGGGAUGGGUCUGUGUUGUCUCUCUGUGCCCCAUGGCUUUAGUUGAUUAAAGCUGAACAGGGAUGAGGGUCUGGCUCAGGUUUUCUUGUCCAGGUCAACAUCUCCUGGAAGAGCUCACAGGCUCUACCACUGUAGAUGUUUUUGCUCCCUGAAGCAAGAGCUGUUUUCAAGACCCUUGUCCCCUUUGGCAACCCACAGAUGUGGCUGUGCAUGCCAGGCUCCAGCUCGGGCAUGGGAAGAACUGGAAAGCAGCUGGUGCAAGCUGUGCUCUUUCCAAAGCUGCCAGUGAACCUGGAAGCAUCUUGCCCUCUCCUAUUUCCUGUAAAUACAGCUGCAGGUGAGUUGUUCAAGCAGCAUUUGUUAGCUCUGUUCUGAGAAACCUGAGCUCACCACAAAGCUCAGUGCCAAGCCCAGGCUGGAUUUCACCUGCAGCUAUGCCUAUAAUUUUAGGGCAGGGUUAAUGAUUUCAGGUAGAAGCCAUGCCAGAACCUCCAUUUAGGAUGGUCCUGACCCCAAAACAAGGCUGAAUGUCACUCUGCCAGCAAAGCCUCUGCUGGAAUUUCAGCUCCAUUUGACACUGAUGACUGUGGACUUGGGGAGAUGCUCUCUCCUUCCCACUCCACACAAGAAAAGGUCAGCACAAGCCUUGCAAGCCACAAUGGGAAAACACCUCUUUAUUUUAACAUGCCAUGGGCACCUCCCAUUAAAUCAGCAGCAUUUCACAGAAAUCCCUUAGACGUGACAGUGACCAUGACCCAGUGCUUUCCAUAUGCAGUGAUGCUCAUGAAAAGCAUUGAUCGCAGAUGUGGGAGUGGAGGUCUCUGUUCUUUAGCACCUCCACAGACACCAUGGUCAGCCUUGCUGAGAACCUGAGGACAAGUCACCAAGGCUGGUGACAGGUCUUUUCUGUCCUGCCUGGUUCUUCACACUGCUCCAGCAUCUUCCCUGGAGCUGGAGUCACCCCAUGCUCCUGUCAGCAGGCAGGAUGGAGACCUUUCUUUGUUGGUUACUCUUUCCUGCCCCCCAAACACCUAAAAUUUGAAGUUUCUUCACUUUUUCUCAAAAAAUUCAUGCACAGUGUAGAGUACCUGAGACUUUCAGGAACACCGAGGCAAAACAAGAUAUAGCUGAUAAAUGACAGAGAUUUUGUUAUUUUCAACCAAGAGCAGAUUUUAAACAUAGUUGCAGUUGCUGCGUGGUGUAUCAAAUGCUUUAGGAGAUUCAGUAAGUUAUUCUUAUAAAUGUUUUAUUCUUUUAUCAGUAAUUCAUAUAGGUGGGUGCCACUGUUCUUAUACAGCAACAACGCUGCACACACUAAACCUGUAUUCCUGUUUCUCCAAUAUAGACACUGUAUUUAUAAAAUUUAUCUUGCUUGGUGUCACUUUGGCACAUUAUCCACAUGUACUGCACACGGAUUGCACAUUACAUGCCAUGUGCUGAUAGGUAUCUCUACAUGUAAUCAACAUAUGUGCAUUGAACAGACACCAAAGUGUCACCUGCCUGGUUUGUUAUGUGACUCAACAUAACUGGGAAAAGGGAAAAAAUUAACAUCCUGUUUUGUUAAGAAAUUCACUGCAUUUGAAUGCUUCUUUAAACAGAUUUUAUCAGGAAGCUAAAAUACGAGAUUGCCUUUGUGAUGUUAAUUUAAAAAAACCUGAACAAAACGAACACACACAGCCCAUAAAUACUUACCAGCUACUGUAUUCCUAUAUAUUCUUCAUUGCUGUUCAUCUGAACUGUAAAUUCUGUACAGAUUGAAUGAAGCUCACAGUUUAUCUUUGUCAUAACAUGCAAGAUAAAAGGACAACACAACUUUGGCUGCAGAAGUGUGUGCAUGUGGCUGGAGUACAUGCACCCACGUGUGGCUGUAUGUGCAUGUGGGUAUGAACACGUGUGGACACGUGUUCUUUGCCAAAACAGUAAAAACAAAACCAAAUCACUUUUUCAAUGAUUUGUUCAGGUCAAAAAGGAAGAUCUGCAGAGGGGAUUGGUGUGUGGCUGCCAUGCCAAGGAGAAAUCCCACUUCUGAAGGCAGCACAGGCCGUGCAGCAGAGCAGUGCAGUUCUUUGAGUGAUAAUUUCUUUGGUUCCUUUCAAACAAACAAAUAUUAUAGAGUAGCCAGUGCCAACUCCAUGUCCAAAAAAGCCCAUUCCUAAGUGUGGCCAAACAGUUGUCCUGUGCCUUUGGAGAUCCAAGGGCAAAGUCUUUUCCUGCUGUGCCAGGGUGUCCCACGGCAGCGGUGCUGACUCAGGGCAGUGCCAGGGUCUCCCACAAACCUGCUACCCAGGCAGAGCAUCCCAGUGCCCCAUGGGCCUUACCUUUGCCUAUAUUUAAAAACCCCUAGGUAAGAGAUGUUUUAGAGAAGAAACUUUAAAAGCCCAUCUUUGAUCUUAGAGUUAUGGAAGAAAGGACCAUAUUAUGACCAAUAAAUCUGAUUUUUCAAGCAGGUCAGCCCACAGACUCUAACAGCCCCUACACAGAGAUUUCACCAGCCUCACCAAAUGAAUCAUCCUCUAGGAAUGAAUUCUGCCAAUAUUUUCACAGAUACAAGAUUUAUAUUGGGUAGAGCUUACCCUCCAGUGUUUAAUCUGAAUAAACAAAGGCAUGAAGAGCUAACUUUCCUGGUUUAAUACUGCUGGAUGCCUUGAAUAAAUACUAAUAAAAUUUUUUAAUUCAUCUCUGGGUCCAAAGUUCUCAGCUGCAAGAGCUCCUUCAGCCCUAAAUAGGUCACUGAGCAAAGGGUACACCCACUGCCAGAGUGCUGCCCUUCCCUGGGAUACCUUGGCACUACCAUGGUUUAUAGCAGCAUCUGGCUCAUCUGGCCUUACCUGGCCUGGAAUUGGUUCGUGUUUUUGUCCUGACAGUGAGAGCUGAGAGGUGAAUUUCCCACCAGGGGAAGUUUGGUUGUCCUUUAGAAAGCAAAGACAGCUGCUGCUUCGCUUCCUUUCAUUUGCUCUGUUGCCUUGGCUUUCUUGCACUUUCGUUUCAUCUCCAAAGAAUCUCUCAUAAUGCCUUUGGUACUUAUGUACAAUUUGAAAACAUUUUGUAUGUAUGGAAUGAGACACACUUUUCUCUUGUAAAAUAGCAAUCGGAUUUUCUUUUCUCUCUUCUUUUUUUUUCCCCCCUUUUUUUUUUCUUCUGUUGGCGAAUGUGUAAUUUCCUCUGUACAUUUCAAUCAUGACUUUGUGCAAUGUACAUUUUAUAGGGACAGGUGCCAAGGGAAUGACCUGUAUUUUUCCUAAGGGACUGACUAGAAGCUGACAGACACAGUCACACAUGGUUUUACGUGAGCACCGUGGAAAAGCAACAUAGCCCAGACUUUUACACUGAAGCACUGAGCGUGGGUCAGCUUGUACCUUCACAGGAAUGACUGUGGCAGCUGCAAAACUCUUCAUGUGUGGUGUGAAAACCAACGGAGACGUUGCAACCGGAAGGGAAAUGGAGGAAAAUUAAAUAAUCACAAACAUUAUUUAAGCCUCGAAGCAUCAGAAUGGAAAAUUUGCAUUCAGUAAAAAUACCAGAGAUUUAACCUUCAU